CGCGAAAACGCACAUUUUGAUCCCUCAGAUGGACGACACUCGAGUGCGCCGCGCGACGGCCGACGAACAUGAAGUCCUCGAAGAGUUUCUCCGCUCGACAUACGUGGAAAAUGGCAUGGCGUUCCCGUUCCUGGAGCAUUCCAAGCAAGAUGCUUGGAUGUACGUUGCUGAAGACAGCCAUGGCGACACGAUAGCAGCAGCCAGCGCGGUCUGGGAUGCGUCGACGUCUACAGUGACGCUAGAACAUUUUGCCGUGGCCUCUCCUUGCCGACACCGAGGCAUGGGAUCCCAACUUCUCGCCGAGGUGGACUCGUUGGUGCAGCUCGACAUCCCAUCAUGCAUAUACCUGUCGUUUGUCGCGACCGCUUCGCCCAUGAUAGAAGCAUGGGCACAAAGUCGCUCCUUCCGCGAAGUGUCUGGUGGUUUCUUGCCGCAUUCGUCAUCUCGUUACGUCGUGUACCGCAAACACUUGCUCGCGUCACCAACGAACGCCAAGGAAUCCCAUGAUAUCAUGGGCGACUUCCUGGCCCAAGCGAUGGAGGACGACGACGUUGCGACCCCCACGUCCGACGACGACCCGCACCACAUGGACACAUCCCUACUUCAAUCCAAGAACGACCUGUUUGCAUCCCUCUUAUCCAACAUUCCACUGGGGAAGCUACAAGCUAUGGCAACUUCCCUCGACGUGGAUGCCGCCGCUGUCUCCAUCAAGGCCCAGGACAACACGACCAUGUCUGGCAAUGCUGCUUUCGACAUUGACGACAGCAGUAGCACCACUGCGACACGGUUAUCCGUCCCUGGAAUCAACCAACAUGACCCGUCAUUGGACUCGCUUGUGCGAUUACUCAUGCAUCAACUCCAAGACCCAGCGCAGCGCGGCCCCCUCUUUAACGGCAACUCGACGACGAUCUUCUCAAACCACGGCGUGGCCCAUUCUACCCACACCCCCCCCGUUGAUGUCCCAGCUAUCGCUUUCGAUACGUAGCCUCCACGUUACUAAGGACAUAUUUCCAGUAGCCACUCAGGUGUCGACCUCAUGCCCUAACGACGACGAUGGACGCAUAUCGGAGGACCACAACAUGCAAAAUGAAUGCAAAGUCUUGAAUGCGAUAUAUAUACAUGUAUUGUCGAUUUGAUACAAAUUUGGGGAGGGGGUGCAAUCGAAUCGCG